CCCUCCCACCCCGCCCCCCACCCUCGUCCGUCCCUCCCUCCCGCGGACGGAUGUGUGGGUCUGAGGACCGCGCGAGAAACCGCACUUUCGCCAGAGCCGGGGGACAGGCAUCCUCUCCAGACCUGGGCUUCCCGUGCCGAGGAGCUUAACUGCCCUCGAGCCAGCCCCUAGCGCCGGGGAUCCCGCGCCGGGGAAGCCCUUCCGACUGCGGAGCCGGACGGAACCGAAUCCGGCCGGGUGUGAGGGGGUGGGGUGAGGGAAUCCCCGCCACCGGCUCGCCGAACGCCUCCCCAGGGAACUCCCCAUCACCGCUCCUCCGCCCAACUCGUUGGCGUCCGUCCGGGGAGCCGCGGGGCUGGGGGAGCUGCCCCGACCCGGGAGUCCCUGCUGAGAGCCGUAAGCCGCUGCCCCAUUCCACCCCCCGAGUCUCGGCCUUGAAUUUGGAAGGACGCAAGGCUGAGGCGGAGCUGCGGCCACUGCUGGUUAGGAGCCUGCGGGUUAGGAAGGGGCUUUCCUCGGGGCCAAAAUGCCUAAGAAGAAGCCAGGGCCCAUUCAGCUGAACCCGACCCCGGAUGGCUCCACGAUUAACGGGACCAGCUCGGCCGAGACUAACCUCGAGGCGCUGCAGAAGAAGCUGGAGGAAUUAGAACUUGAUGAACAGCAACGCAAGCGACUGGAGGCUUUUCUCACCCAGAAACAGAAAGUGGGCGAGCUGAAAGAUGAUGACUUCGAGAAGAUCAGUGAACUAGGAGCUGGGAAUGGUGGUGUCGUGUUUAAAGUUUCCCACAAGCCCUCUGGCCUAAUCAUGGCAAGGAAGCUAAUUCACCUGGAGAUCAAGCCAGCAAUUCGGAACCAGAUUAUACGGGAGCUGCAAGUCCUGCACGAGUGCAACUCUCCAUAUAUUGUAGGGUUUUAUGGUGCCUUUUACAGCGAUGGGGAGAUCAGUAUCUGCAUGGAGCACAUGGAUGGAGGAUCUUUGGACCAGGUUCUUAAGAAGGCUGGAAGAAUUCCUGAGCAGAUAUUGGGGAAAGUUAGCAUUGCUGUAAUAAAGGGUCUUACAUAUCUGAGGGAGAAGCAUAAGAUAAUGCACAGAGACGUCAAGCCAUCCAACAUCUUGGUGAACUCACGAGGGGAAAUCAAACUUUGUGACUUUGGCGUCAGUGGGCAGCUGAUUGAUUCCAUGGCUAACUCUUUCGUGGGCACAAGGUCCUAUAUGUCGCCAGAAAGACUCCAGGGAACUCACUACUCAGUACAGUCAGACAUCUGGAGCAUGGGACUUUCUUUGGUGGAGAUGGCAAUUGGACGAUAUCCCAUUCCACCGCCAGAUUCCAAGGAGCUAGAACUGAUGUUUGGCUGUCCAAUGGAGGGAGAUGCUCCUGAGACGUCACCAAGGCCAAGAACUCCUGGGAGGCCUUUAAGCUCUUAUGGAAUGGAUAGCCGACCACCUAUGGCAAUUUUUGAGCUGCUGGAUUACAUAGUCAAUGAGCCUCCUCCAAAGUUGCCCAGUGGAGUCUUUAGUCUGGAAUUUCAAGAUUUUGUGAAUAAAUGCCUAAUAAAAAACCCAGCAGAGAGAGCUGAUUUGAAGCAACUUAUGGUUCAUGCUUUUAUCAAGAGGUCUGAUGCCGAGGAAGUUGAUUUUGCAGGCUGGCUGUGCUCCACCAUAGGCCUUAACCAGCCUAGCACACCAACUCAUGCUGCUGGCGUCUAAAGUGUUUCUUUGGGAAGCUGGAGAAAGGCAGCUUCCUACCCCAUUGUGCAAAACGAUGCUACCUUAGGUCCUAUUUCUCAUGCUUGUCUCUGUUCAGAUGUGCAUUUUACCCUGUGAAGAAGGAUGAAGAACAUAGCAUGUGCCAAUUCUGUUUGUUUUGUUUUUUAAUUAUGAUUACUCUCUUGGAAUUGGCUUUGCAUUGGGGGCUUCUUGUUUGUGUUAAUGACCCCCAAAAAAGUGCGCGAUGUUGAGUUAGUGAAAUUUUGACAGUAGUGGAUAUUUUUUGUAUCGCUGCUCUUUCAGCCUCAGCUGGCUGGCUUUGUGAUUUUGUUUUGGGGGGGUGGGGAAUCUUUUGACACUUGGUGGUACUUCAUUCUCUCAAGGCUUUUUACUCUCUUCCAGAAAGUGGAAGGGAGGAGCCUCACAAUGUCCUUCACAAGCAGUGCAUGGGAAGCAUGCUUUCGCUGCUAUGAAAACAAGCAUUAGAAAGUGGAUGUCACGGUGUUGUAAUUUUUUUUGCUUUCUGUGUAGAAUCCAGCUGUUUUCACCUAAAUCAAGUUAGAGCCCCACACUGCCAUAAUAGCCAGGGCUUCAUCAGUCUACUGUGAGGACUUAGAGACUUGUGGCUAUAUUUCUAUAUUUAUUUUUAAAAUAUUCUCUGUAGGAUAUUCAGAGUUGUUUGGUGGUGUAUGUCUCUUAAUUUUUGACUGGCAUUUCUAAAACAGUGGGGUUUUUUUUUGAAUGUUACCCAUGGAUCAAGUCAUUAAAGUUCAUCAGAUUUAUCUUUCUCCUAAUCCAAUUACAGAAUACAUUGUAAGAGAACUGUGUGUAUAGUGCCUAAAAAUUGUAUGGAGAUCCUUUUAACCAUUUUAUUUUCAAAUGUUUAACAAAUCUAAUCUCUUAUUCUAAUAAAUAUAUCAUCAGGUUUAAAAGAA